AUGGACAAAGGUAUUGCUAAAUCACUGAAUAUUGGUGAUAGUGGCUUUGUAAUUAUUAGAAAUGGAGGUAUCAUCUACAGAUCUAAGCCUCAGCAACAUAGAUUUAACGCUCCAUAUCAACUUACCAUAUGUCCUCCAGAAAGAAAUGGAACCUGUAUUCAAAAUGAACCAAAAGAUGGUGACUUGGUUGAACAUCAAUUAGCAGAUGGUGAUAUUAUUGUAAUGGGAACUGAUGGAUUGUUUGACAAUUUAUUUGAUUGGCAAAUUCUUCAAAUAAUUAAUCAAGGACAAGCAGGUAUUGAACCAUUUUCUGAAAUUUUGAAAAAGGCAGCAACAGGUGAUAAGGAAAGUAUAUUACGUGUAAAUCAACAACUUCAUAACAGAGCUCGAGAGAUUGCCAAACUUGCCAGAAUUGUUUCUAUAUCAGAUAGUAACUUUACCUUUACUCCAUUCUCCAAAGCUUACACUGAGGAAACUGGACGACACAUUUCUGGAGGUAAGAAAGAUGACAUUACAGUCAUUGUAGCAGCCUUGUUGAAGAGAAAGAUUUUCGUUGAUUCAUUCAGUAAAAAUCAAUAA